AUGGAAGAUACCAAUUCAACAGACCCUACAGACCAGAGGAAGGAUAACUCCUCAAAAGAAGGGCUAAGCUUCAGCGAAGUUGAUAGCUCGAAUGAGUCGGGUCAAUCAGAGAGCUCCUUCUCUCUCCACACAGAGUCCAAUACUGGUACUAACGACCCUAACACAGAAGGCGAUGCCAAAAAUAGCCUCAUUGUUAAGGAAGAAGACCUUGUCAAUAGUCACGACUUAGAAGAAGUUAUACAAUCUGAUAAAACCCAGAAGGUAGACUCUCCUUCACCUGAAAGAUUUCAAGCAAAGGAAGGCGAAGCUUCAGAAUCAAGCUUCAACAUCAGUGGGGAAUCCUCUGCUCAGGACAGUAUUUUGAAAGACGAGCUGGAGAAAAAUAUGGUUACUAAGGAGGAAACCCUCGAAGCUGAAAACACACACUCUACGCUUGAGUUCUCAGAUGACAAUUCAGACCAGCUAUCUAUCUCUAAUAAGAUGAGUGACCUAGGAAGUGUCACUACAGACUCAAAAGUGAAAUCUACUUCUGAGAACUUCACCCUUAAAUCGGAUGUCAAAAAUACCAUCAUUGAGGAAGAGGCUAAAAAUAAAGUCUCUGAUUAUGCCAUGAGCAUUGACGACGAUAUCAAGAGCGAGUAUACUAAGGAAGAAAUCCAAGAUAUUGUUAAAGCUCUCAGAGAAGAAUUUCAUCAUGCAAUGGAAGAAUUAGAGGAAGCAAAGUCUUUUCCAGAAACCUUGCUUCGCCCAGAUGGCCAUCCUUGCUGCAAUCUCCAUGUGGUCAUUGAACAAAUUGCUAAAUAUUACGAUUUAAUGGUUAAUAGUGAUGCUUACUUCAAGAAGGAAAUUGGUGUCAUGAAAGGUGGCAAAGAAGGAGAAGGCCAAAUGCAGUCCCUCAUCUGUAAAGUCGUCAAUAAUUACAGAUAUUUAUACAAUAUCGCUAAACUCAUCAAACUUGAUCAAGAAAUAAUCGAUAGAUAUGAUACAAGGAUGGAUCAAUAUGAUCAAAAGACGAUUCUACUAACGUGGAAAGAUAUCGAUUGAAACAAAAUCCAAGGAGGAGCAAGCACUGUAUUAAAUGCAAUCAAACUAAAUGAUGAGUGUAACACUGAAGUAACCCUCUGGAACUGUUGGGUAAUCAAGGACCACCAUCUCGAAGAUUACGAGCUUGAAGAAAACUUCACUUAUGCUUCUAUUAACUUCAGAAAGUUUGACAAGGAAGGAUAUCAGGCCUUUGAACGUAUCAAUAUGAAACUGCUGAGUAUCUUUACUCCAUUGAUAGAGAACAAAUUUACAAUUUCUGGAGCAACCAUUUCACUCAACCAGAUACUUGAGAUCUUAGAGACUGAAGGUGAAUUUGAAAUCCUUAAGUUCUAUAAUUGCAACAUUUGAUGCACUCCUGUGGAAGACUCGACACCUCCAGUAGUCCAUCCACAGUUAAAAAUCAAGGUCUUUGAAUGUAACACAAACACUUUGAAAUCUGAAGAUGGACUAACUAAUGCUUCCCCAGAGGAGAAGACACAAUUUUUGAAUUGCCUCAAUUCUACUUUUGCCAAUAUUCCCCAAUUGGAGAAAGUGGAAGUCAUGAUGUGCACAGGCUUAGAUGACACUGAACUCAGAAUUUGCUAAAAGACACUAAUACUAGCUAUGCCAUCAAUAGUAUUUGUAUGAUGGACUAAUAACCCAAAUUCCUCAGAAUUAUAUUUUUACGAGCUAAAAAUUCAA